AUGAGCAAUUGUGAUAUAGUGGUCGAAGUCACGUCGAAAGACAUCCCACCAAUGGGCAAUGUCAGAAUCAAAGACAAGCACGUCGGGCUUGCGACAAGAAGUGGCCAUACUGAGGAAAUCGAGAAAGGGGACGGGGAACUGGGUCAAAAUGUUGAUGAAGAAAAAUCAAUCAAAACUCGUGCAAAUACAGAUUAUUUGAUCAAUACACAUUCGGUGUUAAAUUUAAUCUUCGUUCAGACGUGCCCUAAAUUUCACCAAAAAAUUGCUUUAACAAUUCAGGUGUGGAACUUUGCAACUGGCGAGUUGGUGAAGAACUUCGAUUGCCAUGACGGAGCGGUUCUAUCGUGCGAUGUGUCACCUGAUGGCAGUAAAGUUGUUUCUGCUUCUGCUGAUAAAAGUGCCAAGAUUUGGAGUCUGAGGGACAACGUGCCUCCUAUUGUUCUGGCUGGCCACAAUGCCUGUGUUCGGAGCUGCAGAUUUACUUGGGAUAACGAAUACUUGGCAACCGGAGAUGACAAUGGUGAAAUCAGGAUCUGGAGGGUGAAAGAUUGUUCUCUACUUCAUAUUUGUCCGAAAGAUGUGGAGAUCAAGGAUUCCAAACAUGGAGGCUGGGUGACAGAUCUUUGCUUCUCUCCCAACAGCAAGAUUUUGGUCUCCACUGGAGGUUACAUAAAGUGGUGGGAUGUGACUACUGGCAAAUCUCUGCAGACAUUCUACACCAAUGGGACAAACUUGAAGUCCAUUCAUGUUUCAUCUGACUUCAAGACCUUUGUGACUAUUGACAAUAUUGGAAUCCUCUAUAUCUUGAAAAUGAUAAACUGAGACUCCUUGCUGUGAAGAAACAAGAAAAAGCUUUUGCAGUUUCUGCUGGGGGUGGUUACAUCUAUUGCACUUAAAAUUCCUUUCUUUGAACCUUUGGACAAAGCAAGCUAUGGAAUGUGAGCCAUUAUGCAAAUUUUCUAAUUUUUUUCUUACACAAAAAUUGUUACUGAGCCAUUGAAAUUUAAUAGCGAUUUCACCAACACAUGAACUGAGUGCCACAUGCCAGAAUAGUGUGUGAUAAUAUUUUCUGUUAUUCACACCUCCUGCAACCAGUGACGCCACUGCUGGUAUUUUAUUGCUUUGAGACAUUGUGGCUGAACACAUUAAGAUUUGAAGCACAGUGAGCAGUUUACAGAGGCUUAAAGUACGUGACCAGGUUAUAAAGAUCUAGACUACCUGAUCAGUUUGCAAUGUGUACUCGGUGCUGUUCAAAUUGCAGAUUUUCAUUUGAUAAGAAAAUAUGUUCUAUUUGAUAUCUUAAGGUAUUUUAUAAUGAGGAUUUCAGGAACAGUGUUCAGAUUGGACAUGUUAUGAGUUAUGACCAGACAUGAUCAAAAUUCUGAGUUGAAGAAUUAUGAUUGUAAAAAUGUUCAAGUACAGUUUCUGUUUUCUUCUACCAUUUCUUAGUUUCAUAAUUCAUGCAAUUAAAAUGUUUAUGAUUAUUUAAAA